CACUGAAGGCUUUAAAACAGCCAGUACCACUGGUAUUGUCUUCAGUCUUUGGCAUUAUCAGGAGUGGACACUUCCAGCACCAUGGAUCUGGGGGAUUCAGUUAAGGGAGGCGUGGUCAUUUUCCACCAGAUCCAAGACGGAAAGCACCAGUAUGAAGUUGGAAAUGUGGUGAAGUACAAAAAUGCAACUGGAGAAAAAAUGUUUGUCAGGAGAGGAGACAAACUGAUGCAGAUAAACGGCGUAGACCUGCAGCUUCUCACACCAGAGGAGUUAGCACAGAUGCUAGCUGACGGUAAUCCAAUGCUGAAGGUGCACAAGGCAGCCAAGAUGAAGGAGCACAAUGAGCAGCCGUCCAGCGAUGCAGACACUUUACACCCCGUCUCCAUGGAAUCCACAACUCUCAGAUUCAGCAUGGAGAUGAGGAGGGAGGAGGAGAAUGAAGACGAGGAUGAUGGGAGUCUGCAGGAGGACGUUUGCGAAGGAGAAAAUAUGGAGAACAGAGAGAAGACGGAUCUGCUUAUCGUCACCAUGAAGAAAACCAGUGUCUCUGUGGUGAAAGGGAGGGCCUGCAACCCCGGGAGUCCCUGUCAGGGAUGUAAUGGGAUAGGAUGUAGCUACAAUGACGUCGUCAUGGUGGCAGAAUCCAGCACAGUGACGCUUGUUGCAAGAGGAAGCACCUUCAAAAAGGACAAGAUCGAGCGGGAAAAUGUUUCAGUGGUACAUGUGGCCACCCACCAAUACCUCAGAGGUCUCUGCUCGCAGAAAACCAUCUAUGCUUCCCCAAAUCCAGAGAAAAUCACCAUCUACCACUACAAGUCAACCAUUAUGGGGAGGUCUUUCAAAGGAAUACCAGUGGUCCUAAACUUUACCGACUCCAACUGUUUCCUCAGGUGCUGCAAGGAAGGAGGGACGGUGUUCCUACAAGUGGAGACGUGUGAAAAGCAGAAGCUGAAGCAGAUCUCCAAGACUGAUGAGAGCACCCUCUCCUUCGUCUUCUACAUGAAGACCGUCCCUUCAAAUCGCACAAAGUUUGAGUCUGUGCUGCACCGCGGAUGGUUCAUCCAAAUACUCAACACAGACUCAGUGGUGAGGAUGCAAACCCUGGAUGGACAGCAGGAAGAGCACACAUUCCUCUUUAUCAUUCAGAAGUGAUGGAGAGUCAUUUUCUUCAGGUGCAUCCACAGUUAUUAGUCAAGUCAGUUUAACGUUCAAAAUUCUCUUGUGAAUUUUUGUUUGGGUCUUGAAGUUGAUGUUAAACUUAAGAAAAACAUGAGGGGAGCUCUGUGGUUUGAGAUAUCUGGUCCAGUAAAGGAAACCAAGGUCACUGUGUCAAAUUCUGCUAUUGCAGAAGUGCGUAGAUAUGUAUCAUACAACUAUGUCUAAUUCAAAACAUUUGUGCGUAUGUGUUUGUGGUCCAGACUUAGAUAUGUGAGAUCUUUUUUUGGUAAUCAGUUGUGUUGUUUAAAGUGAAACUUUUGUUACAAGCAUGAAUAUUUUGUGUAUGUAACUUUAUAUAUUCAAAAUGAGUAAAAAAAAGUUGAUGUGAUAAUAAUUUUAUUUAUUUAACACUUUUUAAUGUACAUUAUUAUGAGAUGUGAGAAACAUUACGUGUCAUAUAAACUAUGUACAUGAAUCCAAUUAACACAAAUAUUAAUUGAAUUCUGAAUGACUCGCUAUAUUAAGCUUGUACUUAACGCUUUUGAUCAUAUAAUGUCAACAUGUACAGAUAUGUUACUGAUGUAUUACCACCCAAACUGUACAUGCACAUAUUAUAAAUAAGAAAUAAAACUGCUUCCAUUGGUUAACUGUGUAUUUUGUGUAUGUUACAAUAAUUGAACAUGUUGAAUCCACACACACUGUCAUUACCAUGUUCUUUGAAAAUGCACUGGCUAUAUGUGGUAACCGAAUACUUUGUUUUGCCUGACUUCAUUUUCUUAUGCACCUAUCUACCACAUGUGCAUUACAACAUUUAAUUUGAAAUUUAAGACUAAGAGUGUGAAAUAGUAUUAUAAAAAUGGCUGACUGUCAUAGCCUUUUACUGAAUACAGCAAAAAAUAAGGUUGGAUAUUUUUGAAUUAUACAAACGUAAUGUUCUGCAAAUCACAAAAUACAAUUUGAAAGCAACAAUGGAAAAAACAAUGUACUGUCUGAAAGGACCUAUAUUGUUAUGAGUAAAAUAUAUUGUACUCAAAAGAAUGCUAUGACUUUUGUACUUUAACUUUUAUUUUGACUAAUUUUGCACUUAGUGUGUUCAUGAUAUAAUAGUACAACUUAAAAUACACUUGACAACACUUAAAAGGGCUAUAGUAAAGCUCUAGUAAAGUUAUUAAGUUUAACGCUGUACUCACAACGCAUCUUCUACACUUAAAGUAAACAGCUGUUAAUGUUUACAUUGGCUAUGUAGCAAUAGCAAAAACUUACAUAUAGCACCUUUAAGUAUGGUUGACUGUGCUAUCUUGAGAUCUCAUUAAGUUAUAAAAAUUAUAUUUAAAUACACCCUUUUUCUUAAU